UGUUAAAGUUUUACUUUUUCGUUUUGUCAAAUAAAGACUAAUAAUGGCGAACUGGAUAUGCUAUAACGGAAAUAUAUUCUUACAUAACAUAACCAAGCUAAGAUUGCAUAUAAAGUCGUGACAGUCAAGUUUUAUCAUUCGCAGAGUGCUUUCGUGCUUACUUUAAAAUAAAUUAGUGUAUUUAAAAUGUCGAAAAGUGACGUAAUUAUUAUUUUUGCAACAGUUAUAAUGUGUUCCGUAUCGAAUGUGGUAGUAAAUCCUAUGGAAGGCACUAUGAUUUUCCUAACAAAGGAUAUUAACGUGAAACCAUCGCCUGUUCUUACAUUCGCAUCAACUAUGGAGAACAUAAACGCAGCUGCCGUUCAAGUACCUAAUACAGAGAUACGAGCAACUCAACCGGUACAGAUACUACCAACAGACUUGGUACCUCCAGUAAACGUAGCCUCGAACAAUCACGCCUUAGGUUCGCAUACCAUUGAACCGACGCCAAAGCUAGCGCCCAUGAUAUUAACCGAUGAAAAAGUAUUGACAUUACAACCAGUUCAUGCUAUAGCACCAACUCAAGUAGUCAAAACAGUCACUACAAAAUCAUAUGAAGAACUAUUAAGAGAUUUAAUUGCAAACAAGUUUUUUGUUACAGCAAUAGGAAUAUAAAUAAAAGGCGUGUGAUUGAAGUUGAAGAACAAUGAAAAAAAACCCCAAAUUUUCGACUGAUCAUCUUAUAAUCAAGUUUAGAGUACUUAAAUUACAUAUAAUUAUAGACACAAGGUUGUUAUGUAUGUUUAUAUUUCGCUUUGUAAGUGAGCACAAUGCAUAGGAUUCCCCAAGUGACUGGAUAAACCAGUCUUAAAGGCCAUUUACAUUAUAAUUUAUGUGAUGUUUUCGAACUCAUAUAUGGCGUGAAACCCAUCACAGAAUAAAAUUACAUUGCAUUGUAAAAGUUUUAAGAUGGCAUCGGACAAAGUUUGUGAAGUUAAAAUAUCGUUUAUUAUUAAAGUCUUUUAAAUAACUUUUAAGUGA